AUGUAUCCUUGGUUUGCACUUGGCCACCUUACACCUUAUAUACACAUAGCCAACAUGUUAGCCAAAAAGGGUCAUAUGAUCUCCUUCCUGGUCCCUACAAACACACAAUACAAGCUUGAGCCAUUUAACCAUCAUCCAAACCUCAUCUCCUUUGUGCCGAUCACGGUCCCACAUGUCGAAGGUCUCCCUCUCGGCGCCGAGACCACUUCGGAUGUCCCAUCAUCGUUACACCCUCUCAUCAUGACUGCCAUGGAUAAAACCGAGAAAGUUGUUGAACGUCUGCUGCAAGAUCUUAUGGUUGAUGUUGUUUUCUUCGAUUUGGCUCAUUGGAUUCCGAACGUUUGUCGUCGAAUACGGGUCAAGUCGGUGAACUAUUGUGUAAUUAGUCCGGUAACUGUUGCUUAUGUCUUCUCUCCGGCACGACAAACUGAUUGGAGCAAGGGCAUAAGCGAGUUCGAUCUUAUGCAUCCUCCCGCUGGUUUUCCGUUGUCCUCAAUCAAGUUCCACGCCCACGAAGCUCGCGAUUUCACGUCUCGAUCCAACAUGAAAUUUGGAGGCGAUAUAACUCUUAUAGAGCGUGCGUAUAUCGGCUUAAGCCUGUCCGAUGCUUUAGCGUACAAUGCAUCUCGAGAACUAGAAGGACCCUUCAGCGACUACCUACGAACACAAUUUCACAAGCCGGUUUUACUCAGUGGCCCAAUGGUGACCGAUCUACCAUCCACCACACUAACCGAAAAUCUAUCAAGUUGGCUCGAUAGAUACAACCCUGGUUCGGUGAUUUACUGUGCAUUCGGAAGCGAGUGUGCUCUAACCCCAGCUCAAUUUCAAGAACUCUUGCUGGGACUGGAGCUCACACGAAUGCCGUUCUUGGCUGCACUGAAAUCACCUGUGGGUAUGAACUCAAUCGAUGAUGCAAUCCCGGAAGGAUUACUAGAACGACUCGAAGGAAGAGGGUUGGUUUACGGCGGAUGGGUUCAGCAAAACCUAAUCUUGCAACACGGGUCCGUUGGAUGCUUUGUUACGCACUGCGGUUGGGGUUCGUUGAGCGAGGCGUUGGUUAACAAGUGUCGAUUGGUGCUGUUACCGAAUGGCGGAGAUCAGGUCAUAAAUUCGAGGAUAAUGAGUGAAGUUUAUGGGGUUGGGAUUGAAGUGCAGAAAGGAGAAGAAGAUGGGGUGUUCAUAAAAAUGGAUGUAUUUGAAGCAGUGAAGAAGGUGAUGGAUGAAGAUGGUGAAGUUGGGAAAGAAGUGAAAGAUAAACAUGAAAGGAUAAGGGAGUUUUUAGUGAAUAAAGAGGUGAAAUCUGCAUACAUAGAUAGCUUCAGUCAUGAGCUCCAAGAUUUUCUAGAAUCAUAUCAUGAAGAUUGA